AUGGCCGCCGGUCCCUCCAUCAACGGCGGUUUAGACAUUGCAGCAUGGCGUGCCCAAAUCGAAACCAUGAAGGCAGCCGUAGCGGGCUUACCUCCAUCCGCCAGUGAAGCCGGCGGCAGCUCUACCAACAGCGACUGGGACGACGACGAGAUCGACUCAUCAACCUACUCCCCAACCAGAAACGGAGACGGUCCCAGAGACAUUUGGGAUUUCAUCUCGGAUGACGAGCUGGACUCUAUCGAGUUCGCUGAUGGUGGCGAUUAUUACCAUGAUCAUGAGACUGACGGAGCUGAAGAUGGGUUUGCCGGUGGUAGUGGUAGUGGUUCCGGCUACGGCUUCGGCUGGCUCGCCUCACGAUGCGCAGACGUCAGAUCUGCGUCUGGUCUGGGUGCCGGGGCGCUGCAGGACCAGAUCAUGGAGAUUCUGGGGUCGGGGAAAUCGGAGGAUGAGCUGCAGUCUUCGCUGACGGAUCUCAUUGGGUUUGAUGAUCUUGACUUCGUCAUUGACCUCAUUUCGCACCGGGAGGAACUGGUGUCGUCGGUUGGACGGGCGUUGAAGCAGCAGCAACAGCAGCAACAACAGCAACAACAGCAACAUCAACAACAGGAACAAGGUAACGGGCCCGACGGGCUGCGCCUACUCAGCAAGGCGCAACGACAGGCGGCUCUACAGCAGCGAGACUACGAGCACAAAUCCACCCCCUUGGCCGCCGCGAGAUCAAAGGAGGAGGAAUAUCCGCAUGUGUACCGGGCGUACAGCGCGGGCAACACGCUGAGCCAUUCGGGCAAGCGGUAUGCUUUGCCCCCUGGAAGCGAGAGGAAGGAGCAUGAGAAGUAUGAGGAGUACACGAUUCCCGCCGGAAAGACAGGGACCCUGGGUGCUGGAAGAAAGCUGGUCAACAUUGCGGAUAUGGAUGGCUUGUGCAGAAACACGUUUAGGGGGUACAAGACGCUCAACAGGAUGCAGAGUCUGGUGUAUCCGGUGGCGUAUAAGACGAGUGAGAAUAUGCUUAUCUGCGCUCCUACUGGUGCUGGUAAAACUGAUGCUGCCAUGUUGACCAUCCUCCACACGGUUGGCCAGUACUUGACACCAAGUCCCUUCGAGGACCAUGUCACUACCGACUUCGCUGUUGCCGCAGAGGAUUUCAAGAUCGUCUACGUCGCUCCCAUGAAGGCCCUGGCGGCCGAAAUCACGGAGAAGCUCGGUAAACGGUUGGCUUGGUUGGGCAUUCGCUGCCGUGAGUUUACGGGUGACAUGCAUCUCACAAAGUCGGAAAUUGUUCAAACCCAAAUAAUCGUCACCACCCCUGAAAAAUGGGAUGUCGUGACGAGAAAGGGCACCGGAGACACGGAGCUCGUGCAAAAGGUUCGCUUGCUCAUCAUCGAUGAGGUGCACAUGCUUCACGACGAGAGAGGUGCCGUUCUGGAGUCCUUGGUGGCGAGAACGGCGCGUCAGGUCGAAAGUACACAGUCUCUCAUUCGCAUCGUUGGGUUGAGUGCCACGCUCCCCAACUACGUCGAUGUUGCGGACUUCUUGAACGUCAACAAGUACGCCGGCCUCUUCUACUUUGACGCCUCCUUCAGACCAGUUCCGCUUGAGCAGCACUUCAUUGGAGUCAAGGGCAAGCCGAAUUCCAAGCAAUCCAGGGAGAACCUGGACCAGGUGGCCUUCGAGAAGGUCAGGGAGAUGCUCGAGUGCGACCACCAAGUCAUGGUCUUCGUUCACUCGAGAAAGGACACGCAAGCCACGGCCAAGAUGCUCUUCGAAAAGGCUACGGACGAGGCUUGCACCGACCUUUUCGAUCCUAGCUACCAUGAGAAGUACGAGGCUGCCAUGAGGGAUGCUAGAGGGACCAAGGCUCGGGAGAUUCGCGAACUCAUCCCUAAGGGCCUGGGCAUUCACCAUGCUGGCAUGGCUCGCUCAGACAGGAACCUCAUGGAGCGACUGUUUGCCGAGGGUGUCAUCAAGGUCCUCUGCUGUACGGCCACCCUGGCUUGGGGUGUCAACUUGCCCGCUGCCGCCGUCGUUAUCAAGGGUACUCAGGUGUACAGUGCCCAGGAUGGUAAGUUUGUGGACUUGGGUAUUCUCGACGUUCUGCAGAUCUUCGGUCGUGCCGGUCGUCCUCAGUUUGAGGACACUGGUAUUGGCAUGAUUUGCACGACGCAUGACAAGCUUGCACACUACCUCACUGCGAUCACGGAUCAGCUCCCUAUUGAGUCCAGGUUCUCGGCCAAGCUGGUCGAUAACUUGAAUGCUGAGAUUGCUCUGGGCACUGUCACUUCGAUUCCGGAGGCAGUCAAGUGGAUCAGUUAUUCGUACCUCUUCGUACGCAUGAAGCGGAACCCAAUGGCCUACGGUAUCGAUUGGUCCGAAUAUGACAAUGACCGCUCGCUGGUCCAGAGAAGACGCCAACUGGCGAUCCAGGCUGCCAGGACACUACAGCAGAGCCAAAUGAUCAUCUUCAACGAGGCGACCGAAGAACUCCGUAGCAAGGAUAUCGGUCGCAUCGCCAGUCAGUUUUACAUCCAGCACUCCAGUGUCCAGAUCUUCAACUCCAUGAUGCGGCCUUUCUCCACUGAGGAAGAUAUCCUGAAGAUGAUUGCCAUGAGCGGCGAAUUCGACAACAUCCAGUCCAGGAACGAGGAAGCGAAUGAGCUUAUGGCGAUGAAGCACGACGAGAGAUUCGUGCCCUACAAAGUCAGCACGGGUAUUGAUCAGCCGCAUACAAAGACCAAUAUCUUGCUUCAGGCCUAUAUCUCCAGGGCGCAACCGCAAGAUUUUGCCCUGACAAACGACCUCAACUAUGUUGCUCAGCAAGCUGGUCGUAUCUGCAGAGCCCUGUUCAUGAUUGCUCUGAACCGCCGCUGGGGUCACCAGUGUCUGGUGCUGUUGACCAUGGCAAAGUCCAUCGAGAAGCGCAUCUGGGCUUUUCAACAUCCUUUCCACCAGUUUGACCGCGAUCUCCCCAAGCCGGUGCUCAACAAGCUCGACGAGCUGGAGGCCCUCAACAUAGAGUCAAUGAGGGAAAUGGAACCGGCUGAGAUUGGUAGCUUGGUUAACAACCAUCGUAUGGGCGGGAAGAUCACUAAGCUGCUUGACAACUUCCCUACUCUCAGCGUCGAGGCGGAGAUUGCGCCAUUGAAUAGAGAUGUGUUAAGGAUCAAGCUCUACGUUACUCCCGACUUCCGCUGGAACGACCAUCUGCAUGGAACUUCCGAGUCGUACUACAUCUGGGUCGAGAACUCGGAGACGUCAGAGAUCUACCACCACGAAUACUUCAUUCUGAACAGGAGGAAGCUUCACGAUGACCAUGAACUCAACUUCACCAUUCCCCUGUCCGAUCCGAUGCCGAACCAGAUCUACGUGAGGGCGGUCUCGGACCGGUGGCUGGGCGCUGAGACUGUAACGGCUGUGUCCUUCCAGCACCUCAUCCGCCCUGACACGGAAAGUGUCUACACCGAUCUGCUGAACCUGCAACCUCUGCCCGUCUCGGCGUUGAAGAACCCCGCCCUGGAAGAGAUCUACGCCCAGCGCUUCCAGUACUUCAACCCGAUGCAGACCCAGGUCUUCCACACUCUGUACCAUACUCCCGCCAAUGUUCUUUUGGGCUCGCCGACGGGCAGUGGCAAGACGGUUGCUUGCGAGCUGGCCAUGUGGUGGGCAUUCCGUGAGCGACCGGGUUCCAAGGUGGUCUACAUUGCGCCCAUGAAGGCGCUCGUCCGCGAGCGUGUCAAGGAUUGGGGCGCCCGUCUCGCCAAGCCACUCGGUCUGAAGCUGGUCGAAUUGACGGGCGACAACACGCCUGACACGCGCACAAUCCAGGAUGCAGAUAUCAUUAUCACCACGCCUGAGAAGUGGGACGGUAUCUCACGUAGUUGGCAGACGAGAGGAUACGUUCGCAAGGUCAGCUUGGUCAUCAUUGAUGAGAUCCACUUGCUUGCUGGCGACCGUGGUCCUAUUCUCGAGAUCAUUGUGUCUCGUAUGAAUUACAUUGCGUCGUCGACCAAAAACUCGGUUCGCUUACUUGGUAUGUCGACGGCUUGUGCUAAUGCGACGGAUCUGGCGAACUGGCUUGGUGUGAAGGAGGGUCUGUUCAACUUCCGCCACUCGGUGCGUCCUGUGCCACUGGAGUUGUAUAUCGAUGGGUUCCCCGAGGUCAGAGGGUUCUGUCCCCUGAUGCAGUCGAUGAAUCGUCCUACGUUCUUGGCGAUUUUGAACCACAGCCCUGAGAAACCAGUCAUUGUGUUCGUGCCGUCUCGUCGGCAGACCCGCUUGACAGCCAAGGAUCUCAUCAACUUCUGUGGUCUGGAGGAUAACCCUCGACGGUUCCUCCACAUGGAUGAGGACGAUCUCCAACUUAACCUCUCGCGCGUCAAGGACGAUGCACUGAAGGAAGCCAUCAGCUUCGGCAUCGGUCUCCAUCAUGCUGGUUUGGUAGAGUCUGACAGGCAGAUCGCCGAAGAGCUCUUUUUGAACAACAAGAUCCAGAUUCUCGUUGCAACGAGUACCCUAGCUUGGGGUGUCAACCUCCCCGCCCAUCUUGUCGUCGUCAAGGGCACGCAAUUCUACGACGCGAAGAUCGAAGCCUACAAGGACAUGGACUUGACAGACGUGCUCCAAAUGCUCGGUAGAGCAGGACGCCCUCAAUUCGACAACUCUGGCGUAGCCCGCAUCUUCACCCAAGAUUCCAAGAAGGAUUUCUACAAGCACUUUUUGCACACCGGCUUCCCCGUCGAGUCCUCUCUGCACACGGUCCUCGACAACCAUCUGUGCGCCGAAGUCUCGGCCGAGACUAUCGUCACCAAGCAAGACGCGCUCGACUACCUGACCUGGACCUUCUUCUUCCGGCGUCUGCACAAGAACCCGUCCUACUACGGUCUCGAGAUUAGUGCGGAAGAACACUCGUCCACCAUGGCCCAGCAGCUCGCCAACGACUACAUGAUCCAGAUGGUCGACCACUCGCUCUCCGAGCUCGCCGAUUCUUCUUGCGUCGAAGUCUUCCCCAACGGCGACGUCGACCCGACCCCGCUAGGCAAAAUCAUGUCCUACUACUACCUUUCCCAUAAGACCAUCCGACACUUGGUCCGCAAAGCCCGCGCCUCCGCCACUUUCCUGGAAGCUCUAUCAUGGAUGUCUCGCGCCUCCGACCAAGGCCUUACCCUUCCCCACCUCUGCUUCGACGGCUUGCCGAUGUGGGAUCCCCACGUGAAGGCAUUCCUCUUGCUGCAAGCGCAUAUGGCCCGCGUCGAACCGCUGCCUAUCACCGAUUACGUCGGCGACCAGACCAGUGUGCUCGACCAAGCAGUGCGUAUCAUCCAAGCCUCCGUGGACGUGAUGACGGAGCUAGGCCACCUUUCAAGCAUGCUCCAGUUCGUCAAGCUCCUGCAAUGCGUCAAACAAGCCCGUUGGCCCGAAGGCCCGGCCUUGUCCAUAUUCCCUGGAUUCGAUAACGCCGAAGCAGACAAGUGCAAGAGCAAGAUGACACUCGCCCAACUGAGCAAAUCCACCAACUCCCGCGGCGCCAACAACAACCAGUACCAAGCUCUCCAAACCCUCGCGCGCUCCGAACUUCACUUGCCUCCCGCGCAGGCUAGCCGCUUCGCCAAAGCCGCGCAGGCAGUGCCGGAUAUUCACGUCUCAGUCGAAAACGUCAAGCACGGCGAACUAACCGUCAUCUUGAAGAGACUUAACCCCAUCACCGAGCGCGAAGGGAGGAUUUACGCGCCCAAGUUCCCCAAGCCGCAAACAGAAGGGUGGUUCGUCGUCGUUGCCGAUUUGGCUAAAGACGAGGUGGUGGCUGUGAAGAGGGUCGGAUGGUCUUCUGGGCAACAACGAAGAAAUCGACAGGAUCAAGCCCAAAAUGAGGGGAAUAAGAAGAAGACGAAUGGGAUAGAAGUGGGCAUGAGACCUAGUGCUAGGGCUGUUAUGAGACUGCCGCCUAUGGAAGGGGGUGGGCAAAUGAAGGGCAGCAGGAAGCUGGAUGUGUUGGUGGUUAGUGAUGGGUAUAUUGGGAUGGAGUAUAGGGUUGAGGGGGUGGAGGUGCCGGGACCGCCGGCGCCGGAGGGGGUUGAUGAGGAUUUGGAGAAGAAGCCCGGGAAGGGCGGUGCUAAGAGAGAGCAGGAGGGUGGUGGGAAGUGGGGGGAGAGUUCUAAGUAG